AUGAUCAUCAGUUCUAGUCGCUGCGCGGCACAUGGAACCUACCUGUCCAAGGCGGCGGUCAGCCACUCGCAGCAGUCGAGGAUGGCCGAUGUCUACCACUGGUGCACCAACGAGAAGUUCAUACUACAGAGGAGGACAACGCGCGCAGAUCACACUGCCUGGCACCGUCGGUACCCCUCGUGCGGGGGCUCCCAGCAGUCGCCCAUCUCGGUGCUGUUCGCGCAGUCCGAGUACAAGUACUUCGAUCCAAUCCAGUUCCUGAACUACGACUCGUACCUGCAGAUCGACAUCGAGAGGGUCCAGUACAGCUUCUUCAUGGGCACAAUUCACUUUGGAAAAGAUAGUCAGUCGGGAUCCGAGCACUUCAUUGAGAACCAGGGAUUCGCCGCCGAGGUACAACUGAUCCACACCACCGAGCUGUUGAACGAGAACGACUGUCUCAAGGAGGCCAACGGCCUGCUAGUGCUCGUCAUACUUUUUGAGGAAAAAAACGACGACAACGAAGAUCUGGUUCCGUUCCUGGACGCCAUGCAAGAGCUGCAUGACAGCGCACGCAACCAGCACAAGAGCAUCGAGUUCUUGAUGUCGUCGCUUAUGCCGGACGACACGCUCGAGUACUACAUUUACCCGGGCUCACUCUCUUUCCCACCAUGCACCGAGCGAACCAUCAACGUGGUCUUCCAGAGAACUGUCCCCAUCGGUCAGAAGCAGUUGGAAGAGCUGCGCAAGUUGCGUUGGCGUCUCGGUGACGACGCGUCGUGCAGCGGCCUGCUGGCGGGAAACGUGCGACCAAUCACCGACGGCCGCGGCGGCGUCAAGUCGACGCGCACCAUCUUCCGCUCUUUCCUCUCAUUCACGCCCUCUACCGGCGUCUGUUCACACGACAUUAGCGCCGCCGUCGUCACCCUGUUCGUAGUUGUCGCCGUCCUUGACGCAGCCUUAACGCUUGACGUGUGA